AUGGCUACCAACCCUGCGUCAUACAAUCCAAUCGGGGAAGAGACUGGUCCAGUAACAGGACAACCACCCAAAGUCUCAAACGAAACCAAAGCUGCACUUGCAGACGCUGCAGAAUCCAGCGUAACUGGUUCGCAUGUCCCAGGACAGAAUGCAGCUCCUGUAGCUGGUGAGGGAGAAAAGAAAGUAAAGAGCGAGAAAGAGCUUGAGAAGGAACGCAAAAAGGCAGAAAAGCAAGCCAAGUUUGACCAAAAAAAGCAAGCUCAAAAAGCAAGCGCUGCUUCAGCUGUACCAAGCAAGAACAAGGAAAAGAAAGCCAAGGCUGAGAAGAAGGCUGCCGAGGAAGUCCUGCCAAAAUAUGUCGAGGAUACCCCAGAAGGAGAAAAGAAGAUUAUAAAAUCUUUCGAUGAUCCUCAAUACAAAGCAUACAAUCCAAUCGCCGUCGAAUCAGCUUGGUACUCAUGGUGGGAGAAGGAAGGCUUCUUCAAGCCCGAGUUCACGGCAGACGGAGAAGUUAAGCCAGAGGGAUCCUUUGUAAUUGUUGAGCCUCCGCCAAACGUUACAGGAAAUCUACAUAUGGGCCAUGCUCUUCCCAACGCUUUGCAAGAUUUACUCAUCCGUUGGAACCGUAUGCAUGGUAAGACGACGCUCUGGCUUCCAGGAUGUGAUCAUGCUGGUAUUUCGACUCAGAGCGUUGUUGAGAAUAUGCUGUGGCGCCGUGAGCAGAAGACUCGUCAUGAUCUUGGAAGACCAAAGUUUGUUGAGACUGUCUGGGAUUGGAAGGAUGAAUAUCACAAGAAAAUCAAUGCUGUGCUCCGCAGGAUGGGUGGAUCCUUUGAUUGGACCCGUGAAGCUUUCACAAUGAACGAGAACUUCUCAUCUGCUGUCACAGAAACCUUUGUUUCACUACAUGAAGAGGGUAUCAUUUACAGAGCCAACAGACUUGUGAACUGGUGCACAAAACUCAACACCUCUCUAUCGAACCUCGAGGUAACCAAUAAAGAGCUUGCGGGCCGUACCCUCAUUGAUGUACCAGGAUACGAUAAGAAGGUGGAAUUUGGAGUCAUCGUUCAUUUCCAAUAUCAGAUUGAAGGAUCUGAGGAAAAGAUUGAGGUUGCUACAACUCGUGUUGAAACUAUGCUGGGUGAUACUGGUAUUGCAGUCCAUCCUGAUGAUACCCGUUAUACACACCUUGUUGGAAAGAAUGCCAUUCAUCCUUUCAUCGAAGGACGAUUAAUGCCAAUUGUUGCCGACACAUAUGUUGAGAAGGACUUUGGUACCGGUGCUGUUAAGAUCACUCCAGCUCACGAUCCUAACGAUUUUGCUCUCGGUCAACGCCACAAUCUUGAGUUCAUCAAUAUCUUGACAGAUGAUGGAAAAAUGAACGAUAAUGCUGGUCCUUAUGCUGGACAAAAACGCUUCGACGUUCGUUACACCAUUCAGGAGGACCUCAAGAAGGCUGGUCUAUAUGUUGACAAGAAAGACAAUCCUAUGACUGUUCCACUCUGUGAAAAGUCAAAGGAUGUCAUCGAGCCAAUGUUAAAGCCACAAUGGUGGAUGAAGAUGAGAGAAAUGGCAGAUGAAGCCAUCAAGGUUGUGAAGUCAGGUGAGAUCAAGAUCAAGCCUGAAUCAGCCGAAAAGAGUUAUCUCCGAUGGAUGGAGAACAUCAAUGAUUGGUGCUUAUCUAGACAAUUAUGGUGGGGACAUCAAGCACCUAUGUACUUUGCUCAAAUCGAAGGUGAUGAGAAUGAUGAGAGUAAUGGUGAUCGGUGGUUCGCCGGUAGAACAGAAGAAGAAGCAGAGGCCAAGGCAAAGAAGGCUCUUCCAGGUAAAACUUUUAAGCUCAAGAGAGAUGAAGAUGUCCUGGACACCUGGUUCUCGUCUGGUCUCUGGCCUUUUGCCACUAUGGGGUGGCCAAAGAAAACAAGUGACUUCGAGAAACUAUACCCAACGUCAGUACUCGAAACUGGCUGGGACAUCUUGUUCUUCUGGGUUGCUCGAAUGAUCAUGUUCGGUAUCAAAAUGACUGGUAAAGUACCAUUUACAGAGGUAUACUGUCAUUCUUUGGUCCGCGACUCUGAUGGUAGAAAGAUGUCGAAGUCUUUGGGUAACGUCAUUGACCCUCAAGAUGUGAUUCAAGGUAUCGCACUUGAAGACUUACAUGCCAAGCUUUUGGUUGGUAAUCUUGCCCCAGCGGAAGUUGAAAAAGCAAAGAAGUAUCAGAAAACCGCUUUCCCUGACGGUAUUCCUGAAUGUGGUACAGAUGCUUUGCGUUUUGCAUUGGUUUCCUACACAACCGGUGGUGGAGACAUUGCAUUCGACAUUAAGGUCAUUCAUGGUUAUCGAAAGUUCUGCAACAAGAUCUACCAAGCGACAAAAUACGUGGUUGGUAAAUUGCCUGCAGAUUUUGUUCCAAACAAGACUGCAAAACUCACUGGCAAGGAGUCCUUGUCUGAACGCUGGAUCUUACAUAAGAUGACAAUGGCUGCGAAAGAAAUCAACCAAAACCUUGAAGAUCGUGAGUUCAUGCGUUCAACAACUGCGGUCUAUCAAUACUGGUAUAACCAGCUGUGCGAUGUGUACAUUGAGAACUCAAAGGCGAUCCUCCAGGACGGCACUGACGAGGAGAAGAGAUCUGCUACUGAUACUCUGUAUACUGCUCUCGAAGGUGCUUUGACCAUGAUUCAUCCUUACAUGCCUUUCUUGACCGAAGAGCUCUGGCAACGUCUUCCUAGACGUCCAGAAGAUAAGACACCAUCUAUUGUACUUGCAAAAUACCCAGUCUAUGAGGCAGAGUUAGACGACCCGGCUUCUGAAGCAGCUUACGAACUUGUAAUGGCUGUAUCCAGGGGUAUCCGAUCAUUGAUGUCCGAGUACUCGCUUAAAGAUGAAGGAAAAGUUCCAGUGUUCGUCCAAGCCUAUGAUACUACCUCCCACUCCACCAUCACAUCUCAAGUCCAAUCAAUUAAGUCUUUGUCCGGUAAAGGCGUAUCAUCCUUGGAAGUACUCUCCUCCACCGAUGCUCGCCCAGCUGGGUGUGUAGUAUUUUCCGUGUCUUCCGCUGCUGCUGUUUUCUUGCACGUCAAGGGUCGUGUAGACAUUGAUGGUGAGAUUGAAAAGGCAGCCAAGAAGCUAGAGAAGACUCGCACAGGUAUCGAGAAACAGAGAAAACUUCUUGAUGACCCCGCUUAUCAAGAGAAAGUCAGCAAGGAGCUGCAAGAGAUAGAGAGAAAGAAGCUGGGAGAUCUUGAAACUGAACAGCGUGGCUUUGAGGAGACUAUUAAGCAAUUUGAGACUUUGAAGCUAGAGUAG